CUACUCUUCGAAAAACAAUAGCUUGCCGACAGCUUGUCUCACAUAUAUAUUGCCACGGGAUGCGGAUGCGGGAGUGCAAGUCCUUCUGCAUGCCCCUCCUGUGUCAUCUCUCUCUCUCUCUCUCUCCAUGCCCUGAUGCCCAUUAGUUUUUUGUUUUUUUCAUUUGUGAGCAAAGAAGCUUUCAUUACUUCCUUCCCUUUCAGCACAGCAAGACUUCUCAAACUUCCACUCAUUCUAAGCUACUUGUUGAGAAAGCUAUGUCCAAUCAUUUGCCUUGUGCCCAAAGAGACUCUGCAUCAAUCAUAAACCUCUCUUAAACCCUCUAUAUAAGUACUCUGCUCUGGGAGGGGGGUUGGGAGGAUGAGGCAGGCUUCCGAAGUUAAUGUUGCGGGAUUCCGGUCAGUGUUGGCCAUCUGGACGGUGACCAUAGCCCUGCUGAGCUGCUCAAGUGAUUCUAAAUGUGAGUUUGAGGCGAUCUUCAACUUCGGCGACUCGAAUUCCGACACCGGCGGGUUCUGGGCAGCCUUCCCGGCUCAGUCAGGGCCCUUCGGCAUGACCUACUUCAAGAGACCGUCCGGUCGAGCUUCAGAUGGGAGGCUUGUCAUUGAUUUCCUAGCUCAAGCUCUGGGGUUGCCAUUUCUGAGCCCAUACUUGCUGUCAAUUGGAUCGGACUAUAGACAUGGGGCCAACUAUGCAACAUUGGCAUCUACAGUUUUGCUGCCAAACACAUCCCUCUUUGUUACCGGGAUCAGCCCUUUCUCUCUUGCCAUUCAGCUCAAUCAAAUGAAGGAGUUCAAGGCCAAAGUCGAUGAACUUCACUCUGCUGGUGCAAAGGGAUCAAUUACCAAUCUUCCUCCACCAGAUGUCUUUGGGAAAUCGAUCUAUGCAUUUUACAUAGGUCAAAACGAUUUCACGUCGAACCUAGCAGCUAUCGGUAUUGAAGGAGUUAAGCAGUACCUUCCCCAAGUCGUAUCCCAAAUUGCUGGCGCCAUCAAGGAGUUGUAUGGAUUAGGCGGGCGCACGUUUCUGGUGCUUAAUCUCGCUCCAGUGGGCUGUUAUCCGGCGUUCCUGGUGGAGCUUCCGCACAAUAGUUCAGAUAUUGAUGCAUUCGGGUGCAUGAUUUCUUACAACAAUGCAGUAUUGGACUAUAAUAAAAUGCUAAAGGAAGCACUGGCUAAAACUAGAGAAGCUCUCCAUUACGCCUCUCUAAUUUAUGUGGACACUCAUUCUGUACUGCUAGAGCUCUUCCAACACCCCACAUCUCAUGGUCUCCAGUAUGGUACAAAAGCUUGCUGCGGAUAUGGGGGAGGUGCCUACAACUUUGAUCCUCGAGUUUUUUGUGGAAAUAAGAAAGUCAUUGAUGGGAAGAAUGUCACAGCAGAAGCUUGCAGUGACCCAUCCAACUAUGUAAGCUGGGAUGGGAUACAUUCCACAGAAGCUGCAAACAAGCUAAUUACAUGGGCCAUUCUCAAUGGCUCUCAUUUUGAUCCCCCUUUCUCAAUUCACCAGCUCUGUGAUCUCCAUCCUAUAAGUUAAUCCCAUCAUUUCAAUUCAGAUAUUCAACAACAACAAUGAACAAACAAGUAUAUUAACCUGUUGUUAAUCUAUUGAACCCAAUUAUUUUGGGUUCAAAAACAUUUACUCAA